AUGAUAAAACAGAUAAAAAUUUCACCUUCAGGUAUACAAAUUUGGAAACCUCAAGUCUUGGCAUCAUCUAAUACGCACUUUGCAUUCGCUUCAACUUUAGCUAUUUACCUCUACGAGAAUAAAACUUUCUAAUUAGAAAAAGUCUUCACUCAUGCAGAUUAGAAUAUAUCCGCUAUCGAGAUUGAUCCAUCAUCAUAGUAGAAGUAUCUAGCACAGGCAACAAUAGAUAAGAAACUUAUAAUCUGGGAUAUCGAAUCUGAGAAUGUGAAGUUUAAUGCAUCAUUCAAUAGCCCUAUUUAGAGGAUUGAAUGGAAUAAGAGUGCUCAUAAUUCCAUUAUGCUUUUGUUACAAAACGGUGAAAUCAAGCUAGCUGAUCUAAAUAACAAAGCUGUGACCACUAUUGAAGUAAUUAAAGAUGAAGUUCCAACCUGCAUUAAAUGGAACUCAAAGAGAGAUAAUGUUGCAGCUGUAGGGUUUAAAUCUGGGAAGAUAUCUUUCGUUGAUGUUUAAACUCUUUAAACUCUUUAAAUGGAAUUUGAUGAAACAGAAAUUAAUGGUGACCCAGAAUCAGGAGUGUCAGAUCUAGCUUGGGAUCCAAAUGAAGAUCAUUUACUCGUAUCAUUUAAUGAUGGUAGUCAGGCAAUGAUUGAUUUCAAUGGAUUUAUCCCUGCUAGUACAAUUCUUAGAUUUACAUAUGAGAAGUAGUCAGUGGGUGUUAAUAAUAUCUGUUGGAGAGAUGAUAAAAGUGGUGACUUCAUUACAUCAACAAGAAAGGUUGGUACUCUUAGACUUUGGAAUGUAGCUUCAAGAGAGCCCAAGUAAAUAAUUAAAGUCGGCAGCUCAGGUAUUCAUUGCAUGACAAAGCUGAAAGGAGACUCAAAAAGAAUGUUGAUUGGAUUCAUCAAUGGUGCUGUUUAGGUAUUCAAUCUUGAGAAGAGAAGAAUUGAAUUCUAAAGUGAAGCAGGCCAUGCUGAAACAGUAUUUGAUCUUGAGUUCUCUCCAACUGAUAGGAACAUAUUUGCCAGCUGCUCCUACGAUGGAACAGUUAGAAUUUGGGAUUCAAAUAAUGUUAAGCUUUUACAAAUAAAUGAUACAUUGAGGAACUCCCCUAUUCAAAAAGAGGAAAAGCAUAUCAUUUAUUCCAUUUCAUGGCAUCCUACUGAAUAGAAAAUCGCCUUAGCUGGUUCUCUAGGUUUUGUCAUGAUAUAUGAUGCAUUAAAAUCUAAAUUGUUAGGCUAUAUUAAUCCUACUAGCUAGAAAGUACCCUCUUUCAAAGUGGAUUGGAAUCCUAAUGAUCCAAAUUUACUAUUAGUAGGAAGUUAAUCAUAGAACAGUUUUGUUGUUAACUGCAAAGAUUAUAAAAAUUUAACUAUUCAGCAACAGAUAUUUUAUGAUUCCCCUGUUUUUGGGGUUUGCUGGAGUCCUAAUAACAAGGAUGAAUAUGCUAUUGGUUGUGGAGAUGGUAUGGUUCUUAUUUGCAAUACUAAGUAAUCACAGCCCUUGAUAAAAUUACCUGGGCACGAGAAAAAGGUUUUUAACGUCGUAUACAAUAAAUAAAUUCCUUAUAUAUUGGCAUCUGGAUCAGAUGAUUUAACUAUAAGAAUUUGGAAUUCACAGGAUGGUUCAACUGUUAAAGUAUUGAAAGGCCACACUCAUAACGUAAGAGCUAUAUAAUUUAAUCCUGAACUGCCCUGGCUAUUAGUAUCAGGAGCAUGGGAUGCAACUAUCAAGCUAUGGGAUGUUAGAUCAGGAAAUUGCAUUCACACUAUUGUAGAACAUUCAGCAGAUGUCUAUGGAAUUACUUUUCAUCCUCAAAGACCAUUCGUGUUUGUUUCUUCUUCUAGAGAUACAACUCUAAGAUUUUUCGCAAUGGAUUAGCUUGUAACAACCAUCAGAAAUUAAAUGCUAAUGGAUGCUGCUAACACUAAAUUCUAUGACACUCCAGAUAAAGCAUUCUCUACAAAGGGAGAGUAUAAAUUGUCAAGUGAAGAAUCCUAGAGACUUAUUUAGCAAGCCUAAAAAGGUGGAUUCAAAAAUCAAAUAGAACUGUUGAGAAGUAUGUAUUGCUUCUUAAAUUUGAAUGAUGGUUAAGAGGAUAUUUUUAACAUUCUAGACUUAUUGGGAGACGCCAACUUUUAAACAAAAAGAGACUCCUAUGAACUCAAAGUACUUCACUGUGCUUAGUUGGCACAGGCUAUGAAAGAAAAAGCAGAUAAACUUAGAAAAGCUACUGGCAUGUCGAUGUAUAAUACAUAAUAUUCUAAAAAAGAAGACAGACUUUAGGAAGCAGCCAAAAUAUACUUAAGGACAGGAUAAUUCAGAGAGUACUGUGAAACUCUCUUUGACCUUGAAGAAUAUGACAAGGCUUUGAACUUUGCUCCAGCAGUAAGUAUUGAAUACUGGCAGGAGUUAGCAGAAAGGAAAACUGAAAUACUUUCUAAGCAAGGACACGAAGAUGCUGCAAUCUCAGCAAUAAUUAGUAAUUAAUGCGAUAGAGCAAUUGAAAUAUUUGCAAAUAAUGAAGAUUACGAGGAUGGAAAGCUAGUUAAGGCCCUUUAAUUAACAGGUGUUUUCUCAUCAGUACUAGAUGGUGUUAGAAGCAAAGAUAAAUCUGAUAAAAACUCUUCCUAAGAAUUACUUAACAUUAUGACUAAGCUUAAGACAUAGCCAUUAUACAAGAUAGAUCCCCAAUUAGCUGCUUUUGUUAGAGAAUAGAGUUAAAUCUUUUAUUAUUAAGGGAAGCCAUUACUAGCAGCAGCAUGCUAUCUUUCAAUUAGUGAUUUCAAAAAUGCUAUUGAAAUCUUAGUUAGAAAUAAUGAAAUUUAUAUCGCUUAUUAUAUCGCUUAGAAUCAAUAUCCAGAAGCAUUAUCAGAGGUGGCGUUAUUGAUAUCAGAAAAAGCUGAGAAAUACUUCCAAACUGAUAUUUGCUUAUAAGUUCUCAGUAAGGAUGUUAAAGACAAGAGAUAAGUUGAGCUAUUCAAGCGUAGACUUAUCAAUAGUGCAUUAAUGAAAGAUCCUAGUUUUGGUGUUUAAAACGAAGCACUCGCUUAAAAGUGUUAGUCAUAAGGAGAUGAUAUCAGUGCUUUAGAAAAUUAUUUGAUAGCAAAUAAGAUUGAUUUAGCAGCUGAAAUAAGUUUGAAACUAAUGAGAAAAGGUUUUGCAUCAACAGAUAUUAAUUAAAUAAACCAGAUGUUUGAGGCUGCAGAACUCAUUUAGACUGCUAAUAUAACAAAAAUUAGUUAAGAGUAAGUUAAUUAUUACAAUAUUAAUCUUUUCAGAGUUAAGGACCAGAUAAUAUUCUAUUCAGCAUUCACUGGAUUCAUAAAAUCAAUAUACUUCGGCUUCUACGAUGUUAUGAUGACAUUAGUGCAAUAGAUUUUGGACAUGUCUUCAAAGGUUCAAGAGAAGUCAGCUAACUCAUUUAUCUAAGCUAUUGAACAAGCAAUUACUGGCAGACAGCAGCUUAAGUAAUAAUUCUCAGUGAAGGAACAGCACAAAGAUUCAUUAACCUCAAUCGAUGUAAACUUUGGUGCAGAUUAGACGAAAAAAGCAAGAUACCAAGCUUUGAUAGAAGGUUUUAGAUAGUACUAAAAGAAUAGUAAGAUUUGCCUUAAUUUUCAAAUAAUGUUAGAGGGUGUUUUAUUUGAUGAACCAGGAAUCUACCUUUACUAAGCAAGUGGUUAGAACCUGCAAGGAAAUAAGCAUUCAGCAUUCUCAUAAUCUAUAAUCAAGGUUAAUUUUAUCAAUAAUAAUAUUUUUAGGGCCACUAAUUUACAUUUGAGGAUGGAAAGACACUAGUUUCAUAGGAGGAAGCAUUAGAAUGGGCUAUGUGCAAUAGAUUCUCACCUCUGA